GCUAUAAAAUUUGGAAUUGACAUUUUCCAUCAUACAACGUUAAAUGUUUUUAUUUUCUUUUUCGAUACAAAUACGCAAAUUACAAUCGUUUCAUGCUGUUUCACGUGCUAGUUAUGGAUCGGGAUUAAAAACGAGAAAAUAUCCCGGAAAAACUUAAUAAAAAUGUCAAAAUUUACUCAUUUAGUAGUCGAUACUUCGGCAUUUAUUAAAAACGCCCAGCUGCAGGAUGUCGCCGAGAAUUGCUACACGGUCCAGGGAGUGGUUGACGAAAUAAAAAAUGACCGUCAACUUAAACGGCUUGUGGUGCUACCCUACAGCCUAGUAAUUAUGGAGCCAGAUUCGGAUGUUUUGAGUAAGGUUACCAGUAUCGCUAAGAAGACCGGAGACUUUGCAACCCUUUCCCUGGUCGAUUUGAAGGUUCUAGCCCUGACGUAUCAACUCGAGAAAGAACAUGUUGGAACGGAACAUCUACGGGAUGAACCUAAAACGGCAGUAACCAUAGCCUCAGGCCGGAAGCCCGAAGCAUUGCUUGGAUCUGGGAAGGUUCAAGGUUUUUACGAUGGGCGAAGCAAUGUGAAUGGUGAUCGGACUAGGACUAACACUGAAACCGAAUCGGUUCAAGCGGAAGAAGAAUCGGAACAUACACAGAUUGAAGUUGUUAAUGAGCACCCCGAGCUAGAAGAGAAAUUUGCUGAGCUGAAUACUGAUGAAAUCAUUAGAUUGGAAGAUGAAAUUUCAAAACAAUUGGAUAGUGAGGAACCAACAGAUUCUGAAAAGAAACAUACAGAAGAACAGCGAGAAGGAAACUCAGACGUAGAAUUUUCGGGCGAAGAUGAAGAGGUGGAUCAAGACGAUGAUGAUAAUGAUGAUGAAGGCUGGAUAACUCCUUCCAAUAUCAAGGAAGUAAAACGAGACUUUGGAAUGGAUGUUCUCGAGGAAAGUCCUUCGCCGGUGGCGUGCAUGACAACCGAUUAUGCUAUGCAGAAUGUGCUUAAACAGAUCGGUCUCCACAUAGCGGCAUUGGAUGGUCGCGUAAUCAAACAUGCCCGAACAUACAUACUCCGAUGUUAUGCUUGUUUCAAGACCACUUCAGAUUCCACAAAAGUUUUCUGUCCAAAAUGCGGUAACCGCACGCUGAAAAAGGUAGCAGUCAGUCUUGAUGAAUCCGGACAACAGGUUAUACACAUAAACGCUCGAAAGCCGCUAACUGCUCGCCAUAAGAACAAACCGGUAGCGAAGUUCGUAGGCGGGAAACAUUCCACCAAUCCCUUGAUAUACGAAGAUCAGCCGCUACCGCAGCAGAGAAUAUCGGCCAAGGCACAGGCUAAAACCAAUGCCCUUGGCGAUGAUUACACCGCCGGCUAUUCGCCGUUUGUGAUGCGGGACGUGGACUCCAAAUCGGCGGUGAUGCGAGGAAAGUCUAACUUGAAACAGUGGAUGCAAAACUACGAAUACGACAACCAUCGGCGGGGGUACAAAAAGUAAAAUUGUAUUUAUGUACAAUACGAACCUGGAUUCUGCAAUAAAAAUAUUGUAUCUAUAA